AUGUCGCUCGCCGUUCGUGGAAAGACUGCGAAUUUAAGUUUGCCGUUCAUAAGGCGCAGAGAUGGUACGCUAGUGUAUUCCAACGCACGAGCGGUGCCUAUACCAGUACCAGCCUCGAGCUAUGCUUCGUCCUCGUCUGGAAUACAGAGUGCUCCGACCAGAGAAAUGGACAUGCGGGAACUUGACAAGGAAGAGGACUUGCUGGAUUAUGCUGAUGGAGGUUAUCUCCCUGUUCACAUCGGUGAUACAUUCAAGGAAGGACGCUAUCUUAUUGUACGGAAGCUGGGCUGGGGACAUUUCAGCACCGUCUGGCUUGCCAAAGACAGAACGAGCAAUCGCCAUGUUGCAAUCAAGGUAGUCAAGUCAGCCAAGACCUACACAACAGCUGCCCGUGACGAGGUCGGGAUCCUCCGCUUCAUCAACUCGGUCUAUAAGGAUCCUGGGCAUGAGAACGUUGUACAAUUCCUCGACACAUUUGAUCACAAGGCCGAGAGCGACUCGGGUCCCUCUCCAGUCCAUGUCUGCAUGGUCUUUGAGCCUCUGGGUGCCAGCCUCCUCACCCUCAUCCGCGCCCAUCGCAAAGGAGUACCCGAACAUCUCGUUCGGCAAAUAGCAACACAGGUAUUAGCCGGCCUCGCAUUUUUACACGAGCGUUGCGGGAUUAUUCACACCGAUCUUAAACCCGAGAAUAUCAUGAUUUCUUUGGGCAGCAAACACGACAUUGAAGCUAUUGUCCAGGCCGAACUUGCUACAUCCCCCCGCUCAUUGUCUCGUAUGGUCGGCAUCCCUCCCGGUUGUGUGCGCGGCGGCGUGGCGACCCCAAGAUACGGUGCUGACCUUGCUGGGACAAAGCAGGUCUGGAUAUUUGGCUCUCAGCCACUUCCUACUUCGGUUUCCUUGCCCCGGACGCGGUCUGGGCAACCGGAUGGACUUGUUCGGAAGAUGUCCACAUUGGCUAUUUCCACGAUACCUCCUCAACCUGAGCCUGGCUCUGCCUCUGCCUCUACUUCUGCAUCAUCCUCAUCUACUCUUGCCGAGGCCCUUAGUACGGCCCCGACUUCCUUCAUGAGUACCGGCAAGGGAAUCACGUUUGGCUCUACCAGAAGUCAAAAGUGUCUGCCCGCCGCGAACAAGGUGUCCCCGGUAACUAUUGUGUGCCAAUCUGAUGGAAAUGGUGUCACAGUGACUGCCUCAUCUGAGGCGUCGGUCCAAGGUUUACCGGAGCGUUCGCCACUAAUGGGAGAGGCACAAGCAACCGAUAUUUCAGAAGACGUCGUGGGAUCCGCCAAGCCACGCGAUGUGGUUGCCAAACCUUGUACCCCACCGUGCAAGGGUCCUUCGCUGCUGUCCCAAACUGCGCCCAAGUUGGAGGCUCCGUUGACCCGGCCCAAGUCUAGUAUUAGCUCCAAGGGCGACAAGGACAUGAUUGAAGUCAAGAUUGGUGAUCUUGGCAACGCAUCCUAUUGCUGGAAGCAUUUUACCGAGAACAUCCAGACUAGGCAGUACCGUUGUCCAGAAGUCAUUUUAGGUGCUGAAUGGGACGCAACUGCGGACGUGUGGAGUGUAGGGUGCAUAUUCUUCGAAUUAUUGACUUCCGACGUGUUAUUCGACCCUGCUGAACGGGUCGGUGCAUGGUCCCGCGAUGAUGAUCAUAUCUGUCAGAUGAUCGAACUUUUAGGACCCAUGGACCCCAGGUUCGCACUAUCGGGUGAUUAUAGCAAAGAGAUAUUCCGCUCUGAUGGUGUUACACUGCGCAACGUGCCUGCAUCCAAGAUGAGUCACUGGCCCUUGCUUGAUGUAUUUGUUCAAAAGUACAACUACAAGCGGGAACACGCGGGGCGGCUGGCCGAUUUCCUACUCCCAUUUUUACGCAUUGAGCCAAAGGCACGAAUCUCAGCGCAGGACGCACAACAUCUGGAAUGGCUCAAGUCGUGA